AUGUCGGACUACUCGCUACCUUUCUUGAGUGACCUUCGACAUGAGUUCAGCAACGAAGAAGUCGAGCAGAUAUGGCGGAAUCGUGUCUUUCCGUUGGUUUUUACGGAUGAUUUCGCCAGCAAUUGGUCCGCAGUUCGCGAUCCCAAUGGCAUGUUCGUCGCACCCUCGGGCGCUCGCUGUCGCGUUGAGCCUCGGCCACACCACGAACCACAAUGUCAGGUAAUGAUUCAGCAAGGUGACACACGUCAUCAGGAGAGGAUAUCAUAUGAAUCGAUUAUCUUCUCCAAGGUGGUGCAUCAGAUGUUCAUCAACGAGCAGUCGAAGGGCUGCACAGAGCCUAUCCAGGUUCAAAGACGAAAGUUUAUCGACCAAUUUGUCAGGAAGUUGCCAGCUCAGUGGCGCACGUUAGUCACUCUAGGCGACCUACAUCUAUACACGGAGCAAAAUAAACAGAUACCCUGGUUCAUCAAGCUCGACAUCUACUCUACUCUUGCGGAUCCAAAGAACAUACGACUGAUCACGCUACAACCGAGCGGCGAAUACAACGCAGUUAUCACAUGCACACUUUUUGAGGUAGACUGUACCUCUGGGUCAGAGUAUGAAGCACUCUCGUAUGUUUGGGGUGCCCCUGAAUCGACGCGGAACAUCUUGCUCAAUGGCAAGAUGAUUCCCAUUCGGGAAAACCUCGAGGCAGCGUUGAGACACCUGCGACGACGAGAGACCCCACGUACCAUGUGGAUUGAUGGUAUAUGCAUCGAUCAAUCCAAUGUCGAAGAGCGGACAGAUCAGGUCAAACAGAUGGACACGAUAUACCGCAACGCGGUCGGGGUUGUGGUCUGGAUUGGGCGGGAAUCGAAUACAAGUGCACGCAUAUUCGACAGUUUCGAAUCACUGCUCAGGGACCUUAAGCAGCCGGAGAGUGCACUACUCUUCGAUGGCUUCCUUGACUUCCCAUUCCAGCCCGAGGCCUAUUGCUCUCUAUGUGAUGGGGUCCCCCGCAAGGUUCCUUCCCAGCUCGUUGGCACCGUGGUGACUGAGAGCGUCGCCGAUCGCUAUACGAGAAGUGCGCAAGACCCUACUUUGAUUCCACAGCGGUGGAAGGAUGCACAUACAAGGGACAUCGAGGCUCUUGUUACACUUCUCAGGCGGCCGUGGUGGAGGAGAAUUUGGGUAUUGCAAGAGGCCAUAUUGGCGAAGAAAAUCACCUUACAUUGUGGACCAAGAUCGAUGGACUGGCCGAUGUUCCAGGCGAUUCUCUAUACAUAUGUUCGUCAAGGGAAAAGAUCAAGAAUACACCACAUUGGUGGGUUGUCCAGAGAAGCACGAAGGGCCCGAGCCCAGCUCCAUUUACUUGUGUUGGCCAAUAGUACCUUUGCUUUCUUCUUCUUGCAAAGUUCCUUGGUAGCUAAGAAGCAAUUUCCUGAGCUGUCCAUGGCAAACCUGCUCUCUCUUACCUGGAACUUUGAUGCGACAGAUCCUCGUGAUAAAUUAUUUGCUCUGAUCGGCCUUCUCCCAGAAAACAGCCCCGAACGGGUCCAGUUCACACCCGAUUAUACUGCCAACGUGAAGCAGCUCUUCAUCCAUGUGGCUAAGAGUUUCCUUGAGACAAGCUGCACAUUAGACGUCAUCACAGCAAGACCUCCCCCGCCUUCUUACUUGGUCUCGAAGUCCCGACCUCAUUGUCCAGAAUGGGAGCUUGAUGCUCCAUCGUGGGUUCCGAAUUGGAAACUACUCCAGCUCUGGCAUCUCAAUUCAAUCUGGAUCAGCAACUUCUCCCAGUUCAACACGAUGAAUUUGUAUACAAAAACCAGCAUUCAUGAGCAUGAACCAGACUUUGAGUCUGUUGAUUCAGAAGUCACCCCCGAACAGAGUUUGCAGGUCUUCAAUUCCAGCUUGCAGAAAACGUCGCCAUUCCCAUUCGAGUUUUCAGAACACAGCGAGAUCCUCCACGCGUGCGGCAUGACGGUCGACAUCGUUGAGAAGGUCGGCCAGCCCUGGGAUCUGGCUAUGGCGACCUUUGCGGCCCACGAUCCUACUGAUCCCCAUAACUCAGAACGGAAUGUGCACGACGCUCAAGUAGCUAUUAUUGAACAGUGGAAGUCUAUUGCUCAACUCGAUGUUAAAGCAGAAUACUCUUUCACCCAGCAAUCUCGGAGUGAAGCUUUUUGGCGCACACUCUUCCUAGACCGAUACCGCUCUACCCACACUCACGACGGCACAUAUCAAAUUCAUCGAAUCCCAGUUCAAGUGGGGGAACAGGAAGCUAAUCAUAUAUUUGGCCCCGCAGGGCUUACAUGUGUCUUUCCUCCCCAGACAACCGAAGACGAGCAAUGGCUGAUAUAUUUCCUCCGCCACGAGCUUACUGAGAUGGGGAACUUCGCCAACGUCAAUCUUCACUGUGCUAAUCUCAGUCUAUUCAGAACCGUGAAGGGAUAUAUUGGAGUGGGCCACCCAAAUAUGCAAUCUGGUGAUAAGGUGGUUCUUCUUUUGGGAGCCCCAGUUCCACUCGUACUCCGGGAGUAUGAAGAGGGCCAUGUCCUCAUUGGCCAAAGGUUUGUCUUAUUAUUCUUUACAAACUCCCAGUUCCACGUACUAAUCUUUAUCUAUCAUAGCUAUGUUCACGGCAUCAUGGACGGAGAAUACUUACAGGCCGAGCGUGAUCAAGGUCGAGGCACAAAGCAAGAGGAUUUUGAAUCGUUUGCUAUUAUCUAA